AUGGUGCUCGAGUUCGAUUCUUAUAGCGAGCGAAAAGCUUUUGACGAGACAAAAGCUGGAGUUAAAGGUCUCGUUGAUGCUCAAAUCACUGAGGUUCCUCGUAUCUUCCGUCUUCCUCAAGGUACCUUAGCCGACAAGAAACCAUCUGUUUCUUCCUCGAGUUUUGCAAUCCCUAUCAUCGAUUUUGCAGACGUCCACGUGGACGCAGUAUCGCGUGAAGUCGUUGUGAAGAAGAUCAAAGACGCUGCAGAGAAGUGGGGAUUCUUUCAGGUGAUUAACCAUGGUGUUCCUUUAAGUGUUCUUGAAGAGAUUAAAAAUGGAGUUGUUAGGUUUUAUGAGGAAGAUCUUGAGGUUAAGAAAUCUUACUUCUCACGUGACGUAUCCAAGAGCUUUAACUACAAUAGUAAUUUCGAUCUCUACAGUUCUUCUUCUUCAUGUGUUAAUUGGAGAGAUACUUUUGCUUGUUACAUGGCUCCUGAUCCUCCAAACCCUGAAGAGCUCCCAAUAGCUUGUAGGGAUGCUAUGAUCGAAUACUCGAAGCAUAUGAUGAGCUUGGGUGAUUUGCUCUUUAAGCUUCUCUCAGAAGCACUUGGUUUAAACUCUGAGAUGCUUAAAAGUAUGGAUUGCAUGAAGGGUUUGCUUAUGCUCUGCCAUUAUUACCCUCCAUGUCCUCAACCUGACCUAGCUUUGGGCACAAGUAAGCAUUCCGACAACUCCUUCCUCACCAUUCUCCUUCAGGACCAAAUUGGUGGUCUUCAAGUUUUUCAUCAAGACUGUUGGGUCGAUGUCGUUCCUCUUCCCGGGGCUCUCGUUAUCAACAUUGGAGAUUUCUUGCAGAUAGUAACGAAUGACGAAUUCAUAAGCGUGGAGCAUAGGGUGCUUGCGAACAAAGCUGGACCGAGGAUUUCAGUAGCGAGCUUUUUCAGUACGAGUAUGCUUCCGAAUUCAACUGUUUAUGGACCAAUCAAAGAGCUUCUCUCUGAAGAAAACCCUCCUAAAUACAGAGACAUCAAUUUAAAAGAAUACUCAAAAGGUUACUUUGAGAAAGGCCUCGAUGGAACAUCGUUUCUCUCGAACUUCAAGAUAUGA